AGUAGCUUCAUAUGACAACCAGUAGCCGACGAUAGCUAGCAUAGCAACUGGAGCAAUACGUUAGCAAGAGUUACAUUCACGAAUUCGCUUAUUAUACCGAUCACAACUUUUGUCUUCUUUUCGGACAGCUUCCGUUUCAUGAUGUUGAAGGACUAUUCUGUUGUGGUUUUAGGAGCCGGCGGAGUCGGGAAAACAUCCAUGGUCGUUCAGUUCAUCCAUGGAUUUUUUACGCAAGAAUAUAAUCCAACAAUUGAAGAUUGUUACAGACACCUCGUGCAGUUACCAGAUGGUUACUACCACACAGUGGAGAUUCUUGACACUGCUGGUACACAUCAGUUCCCUGCCAUGAGAGAGCUCAGUAUCCGAUCCGGCCAUGCAUUCGUCAUUGUGUAUUCCAUUGAAAGUGAAGAAUCCUUCCGGGAGGCAAUGAAAAUUGCUGAUAUGGUCAACAACAUCAAAGGUCGAGGCAAGGUACCAAUGGUGCUCGUAGGAAACAAGUCAGACCUAAACCAGAACAGAGAGGUUGACAUGGACCGGGCGCGGCAGUUAUCGGUCGACUCGCUGGAGUGUGCUCACCUCGAAACAAGCGCAAAAUACGGAUUGAACAUCAAUUCAUUGUUUACAGAACUUUUAAGCGCUGCCAUGCAUAUUGUUUCAAAGGACCAUAUCGGUGCGACUAUCAAAAAGGGUAUUAUUAUUCCUAGGAUGAGGAGCAAACUGAAACGCCUUGCAUCGGACAGUGUUGUGCACGUGGCGACAUCACCGCAAGCGCGUAACCAGAAGUGCACUAUUCUGUAAGAAAAAUGACUUCAAAAACAACUUUUGACUUCUAAAUCGCUCACAUUCCUAAGUGUCACCACUUUACACUAUUGGACUAGACAACUGCUUUGGAAACUGAAAACUUUGCUGCCCAACAAAAACAACCAACGCGGAUAUUAACGUUCAUUCUCAACCUCUCAAUACUGCUGACAUCAAAACUGUUAAUGUGUAACAAAAAAGAAGAUUUGAACAAUUACAAGUCGUGCCAUCUUUGGCGAUUUUGAAGCUUUUGUCACUGUUGUUGAU